AGUAUUAGCCAAUAGGAAGACAGGAAAUAUUGUUCUAGCCAAUCAGAUUUCUGCUACCAUAACAAACUUUUCCCGGGCUUAGUUAUCAACACUUUUAAAGUCCUCGAGCAGAAGCAGUCAUUUGUAUUUUAAAUUCUGUCUUUGAUAAAGAAAAAGUUAAUUUGUUAAUCAUGGACGUUUCUCCGGGCAGCCUAGCCAAGCAAAUAAGCAUUGAGCGAAGAUUUAACUGUGUUGUUUGCCUCUGUGCGCGUUUUCAAAUGGUCUAUGGCCAGUGUCAACAUAGAAUUUGCACGAAAUGUGCUUAUGGGUCGAGCGGUGUCCUUCGCCAGCAGUUUCAGCGUUGCCCUUCCUGUCAACAAGAAGAUUCCUUUCCUGAACGAAAGCCUACUAUUCCUGAAGAUAAUAUAACGCUACAGAAGUUGCUUGGUGUCACGGCUUGUCAGAAUAAAGGUUGUACGCAGGAAUUUUGGUCUUGGGAAAAAUCCGAACAUGACUUGUGAGUAUCCUGUUUGAAACACGAGGCAGGUCAUUAGGAUAGAAAGCUAAAAAUAUUGCAAAUCUUAAUAUAGCCAGCAAGCCCGGAGAGUCCUAGGAAAAUUAAGUAUUUCCCUUUAAAAAAUUUCCACAACAUUCAACAAUGCAUAUUUUCAUGCUAGGUUUAAUAUUACAAAAACACUCGAGCUACAACAGUCAACAGAUGGUUUAUGUCAAGUGUGUUAUUCAACUUCAAAAUCCUGACUUUUCUGUAAUACACCCUUUUGAUAAUUACGUCACAAAUUAAUCACUAGUUGGACCAGAAGCCUCGCUCUCGUGCAUUACUGUAAUGAGCCUUACAUCUUGAUUCACUAGAGCAAGGUUUCAAGACCAAGGCAUUAUUUCACAGUUACUAUGCAACUGUGAACAAUGUGUUCGAAAGGCUUCAUUUUUAUUUGCUAUGUUACUAGUUACAUUUUUACAAUGCCCCGACACACACACACACACAGCAUCAAUUUCAGUCGACCAACAGCCCUCUGCAAGACCAUUGAUGGGUUUCUGUGAGCAUUAGUGCAGGCAGCAAAGUCCCAAAUAAUUUCUAUAUAUAUAUAUGUGUAAGAAAGCUCAAAAAUGGUUUGGAGUUAAAAAUGGCGAAUGCGUCUUGUGUUGUGAAAUGGCAUGGCCUAGAAAGAAAAGUCGUGAAAACUGUCAUGUUAUUUGUUUAGAACAUGUCCCUAUAAAAAUUCACCUCGGAGAGGAAAACGUCCUUCAGAUGCUCGGAAAAACCAAAGGUAUGUAAUUAUCUAAUGAUUAAC